CAAUCGUUUUAUUCCAUUCCUUUCACAUAUGUGUAUAUAAUAUACACGCGAUAAACGUGUAUAUAAACUCUUAGCAAUAAAUAACAACGAUGAUUAUAUACAAGAUAAUAAAUAUUAUUACCUGACAGUGAGAGAAGGCGGAAAGAUAUACUAUUCGUCUAUGGUGAGAAUACUAAGUUUAAAAAAAAAUCUUUUAUCACGAUAAACGUGAAUAUAAUUUUACGAAUAAAUAACAACGAUGACUAUAUGAGACAACGAAAAACAUUACCUGACCAAUGAGAGAGUACGGAUAGAUAUACGAUGACUAUAUGAGACAACGAAAAACAUUACCUGACAAUGAGAGAAUACGGAAAGAUAUACUAUUCAUCAAUGGUGGGAUUACUGAACGCACUGACAGAAGCCGGUUAUCCGAUAUCGAUACAUGAUCUUUCUGACAGAGACGGUAUUAAAUCGUCGUACAGAGACGAUGGCGUAAUAAUAACCCAUGCGUCUGAAGAAGCUCUCUGUUUAACGUUAUACUGUGCACUGGGAUUAUUGAUGGAAAAGGGAAUAACCGUAAAUUUGAAGAGAUCUAAUGCUGCAGAAUAUCUGUUACAUUUCCCUACAGUGAAAGUCGAAGUCAGACCAAAUUGUGAAACCAAUACCAUCGUGAGAGGGAGAAUACAAAGAAACGACGAUCGCGUCGCUAUUGGCGAAGAACCUGUAAAUACUAGCGAUAUCUAUAACGGCGGAAAGGCGUAUGUGUAUCAAAAUAAAGCGCUAUAUUCUCACAGCAGCGGUCAUCUGAAAACUGUUAUCAUCGAAAGUAAAGGACGAGGACACACAGCGAACGAUACUCUUUCAACUGUCUUAUAUAUAGAUUCCUAUGACAGGAGUCGGUUACCUGAUAUCAUCGAGGACAUUGCGAAAUAUCCUUUGAAGUUUUUCAGAGCUAUAAUAUUGAGAGGUAAACUACUCUAAUUGCAAUAAUGUAUGACUAUAUUGAUUAUAAGCUCCUAUUUUUUGGGGAAGAUGUUAUUCACCGCAUACUGCAGAUACGGAAUCAAGCGUUAUUUGUCAUUAACGGUAUAAAAAAAGUACAGGAGCAUGACAAUUUGCUAUUUUCAAAAGAGAAGAUAUAUACCGUGAACAAUGUUAUGGAACUGGCAUCGUGUACUGCAAGUGACGACGAUGCUGAUGCUGAUACAAACAAUCCUAUACUCAUGGACAUAAUUGGUGUUUUAAUAUACGGUAUUUUGAAUGAAGGCUGGAGUGAAUCUACCAUGAGGUGUAUAGAGAACGAAUUGGUAGACAAGUGUCUUGUUCACAAAUAUAUUACGGAGGAAGAAUACAGAUACUGUAGGAAAAAAUACAACAAUAGUGACAACGAUAAGAGUAAGAAUGAUAAUAUUCCGUAUAUAAUAGAUUUCUUGUGGAAUAUGUGUUAUUUUAAUAAGUUAUAUCGCGACAGAUAUCUGAAUAAAAAUAUGACUUUAAGGCUGAUUGAAAAGAGUACAUCAUCGAUGUCUAGAAAUGCCUUGAUUAAACACGACUUAUCCUUUUUUCACUUACCGACCGCAGCCGGAAUUGCGAUUUAUGAAUAUCUCACACACAGAGAUACAAAUUUAAGAUUAGUAAAAGAAGCAGCAAAGACGCUAGUAGCUGAAGAGAAAUAUCUUCGAUAUUCAAGAAAUAUAAGAAAUACCAUAGAAGACGAUACAACAAACAAGAAGAAAAAUAUUCGUCUGGCUUAUGUUAACAAGAGAAGUAAAACGAGUUGUGCACUACUGUUAUGCAAAUCUGCAUCUAAAAUCAAUUACUCUAAGAAGGAUACAAAGAGUAAAUUGUUCAACCUACAGUGGCUAUUCAAUGUAACUGACAUACAAAACCAAAAGUUCAAGAAAUGUCUGGGUGUCAUAUACGACAGCAUAGAUGUAGGCGAUAUGCUACCCAACACUAGUUUAAGCCAGAAGAGCAAACCACUCGACUGGUACUAUCGAUUUAUGAAUACUGGUAUUGUCCCCUUCGAUCAACAUAACGGGUGUUCGGAGUUUAGACAAUAUCACCGUGAGGAAGGAAAUGAAGAGAAAGAACACAUAUACCAUAAUAUCGACGAAGAGAACACUUACGUUAUAAUGAAUAUAAAUACAAACACUAUUGAUCGUGUGACGCCAACAACAUUGUCAAAUACCGACGUUAACACUGUACAGAUACACAGUGAGAAGCAAACAGAUAUAGGCUAUAAAGAAGAAAAUGGAUAUUAUAAGGAAAAGAAAAAUAAUAAUAAUAAUAAUAAUAAUAAUAAUAAUAAUAAUAAUAAUAAUAAUAACAACAACAAAAGCAACAACUACAAUACACCAAAAGAAACAAUAGCUGCCAUAGUUCCAAAUGAUGUAAAAUAUGACGUCCCCUCAAACAUAUGUAAGAGUAUAUUUGAAAUAGACAAGUCGAUGAAGCAUUAUAACACUUUACCCGUUGAUAAGAAAAAGAAUAGAACUCACAGGACGGAGACAUUUACGCCAACAGUGCCUUCGUCAUCGAUGAUGUCGUCAUCCGUCUCUGUCUACGACAUACCCAAAAAGGCAACAACGAGUAUCUAUAACUGCAAGAGUUUAAUGAUUCAAUGCCAUAAGUGUCAAAGAUAUAACAUAUCGCCGUAUGUCGUAAAGUGCAAUCGAUGUCGAUGUUAGCGCAGUACCAGCGGGCACGGAAGAAAAGAAAUGUGUUGCACGAUGAGGUAAAUACAUUCACAUCUUUUUAUCUGCAGAUAUCGAUCUCUCAGUUGCCCACUCACUGCUGAUCCAACCCAGCCCCACAAAAGUAGCAUCAUGAAUAGCUACAGCGUUAAAUGUAAAAGUUUGAGAUACGAAUCAGAACGAUUGUUAACGUUCAUUAAUUGGCCCUUUGGGAGUUUAGCGAAGAGCUUGGCGUGGAACGGAUUCUAUCGAAAAUGCCCAGAUGAUCUAGUUUGCUAUUUUUGUGGAAUUUGUAUAAACGUGGAAGAUUAUUCCUCUCUUAUCGAAAAGGGAUCUGGAUACAUAAAUAUGAAAAAUAUUCACUAUAAAUCGUGCCCUUUCAUAUACGGAAACUCUUCUAUGAACGUUACUCGAGAACAGGAAAUAUUAAUUUCGGAAAUGAUGAGACGUUAUUGUAAACGAUACGCCAAGCGGACUAGAACGUUGUACAAAACACCCAAAAAACGCUUCUUGUCUUUUACGAAUUUCCCAAAUAGAUAUUGCAAUGUUAAUCGUAUGGCUGAGAGUGGAUUUUAUUUCACGGGUGAGAUGCGCAUUUUCGUAUAGCUUUGUAUUUAUGUGUAUAUAUGUGUGUGUGUGUGUUAUCAACGAGUCUCAUUAUUAUUUAAAAAUACGUUUCAGGUGAAUUGGAUGCUGUAAGGUGUUUCUCCUGUCAAAUCGACAUAUACGGAUGGCAGCACAAUGAUGAUCCUAUAAGUGUUCACGCCCAAUGGUCUCCUGACUGUGAAUACAUCCAGGCUAUAGUCGAUGAUAACUUCAUCGAUAGUGUACGGGAUAAAAGAUAUGACACAUUAAUCGAUCCAAAUGUUUAUCAAACACUGAAGGACUGUGGAAUUCCCGACUAUAUUAUACGGCAUGCACAUCGCAAACACAUAAUUCAGAGCGGUGAACUUUUUACAGAUGCUGUCCAGUGUCUGUCGGUUAUCGAGAAACUGUAUAAUUUCAAAGACAAAUAGAAUCACGGGUAGAUGUUCAUAUAUAUAAGUAAGUGUAUAUUGGAUAUGGAGUUAGAAUAUAACCAACCUGUAUAUUUAUUUUAUAUUUUAACCAUGGACGAUUAUAUAAAUAUGUGUUAAGUGAGUGUAUUCUGUAGAAGAUGUGUAAAUUAUAAGAUAUGACCAAAUUGUAUAUUAUAGCUCUAAUACUGUAAAAGAAAUAUACGAUAUAGAACAAAUCUGCGUGUAACAUUUGUCAUAUUGGAUGCUGCAGCUAUACUGAAGAUUGUUUUUGUUAUAUAUAAUGGGAUUAAGAGAAACAAAGAGUUUUAAUCGCGAAUAUUUGAUUAACCAAUAUUCGUAUACGUGAAUAUAUCCUGUAAAUUACUAUAAACAACAAACAAUAAAAAAAUAUUACAUUA